UGCAAAUUGAAAAAAAUUCUCUCAUUAGCACGUGGUCCAGUUCACGUUGUCCUUAAGCCAACCUUACCGAUAUUUGCCCGAUCAAUGAAACAGAACAGAUACAUCAGGGCCACCGUGGGUACGAUGUACAGGUCAAUCUUCAAUCUGAGCUUGGAUUCGGCCUCCUUGUCAAACUCAACGAUGGGAUGUCCAUAUUGAUCAGUGGCCAGAUGGCCGCGCUCGGCGGCAGUACGGGCCACUUCCGACAUCAGGUCCUCUUUAUGGUGAGAGAUAGCCUUCUCGUCCCUGGCAGACUCCGGGUCGGCCAUGGUGGAAGUCAUAGGAGAAAGAAGCUGUAGGGGAGAGAAAGGAGGCUGGAAUCUGGGGGUCGAGAGGUUUCACGGGGGGCGGGGGUGAGGAGACGGGCGAAAAUCCGUUGCCAAGCAGUCGCGUAAAGCAAUCCUGGGGGAAGCUGUGGUCCUUUAUAGAGAUUGUGUCACCCCAUGGGGCCAGUCGUCACGUCCUUUGCUAUCUCCCGGUCGGAAGUCCCGAACUGGACUGAAUCCGGGGUUGCGGGGAAGUCUAGAUUAUGGGGAAGACGAAUCUGAAGAUCAAGGUAUGAGUUUGACCGCGGCACGAGUAUCGCCAACCAUUCUGUCGGUUGUCUGGAAUUGCCGGCGCCAAGAUGUAUUGACCACCCGUCCGUCGGAAAAGAGCCAUUGAAUGAAGAGAGCCAGUCCUUGGCGCUCGGAAAUUCUUGCGCGUCCUUCGCUGGGAGGCGUUACUUGGCGGGACCCGAGAGUUUGAGGACGAGUGGGCCAAUCAUAAGGGUCAUAGAGGCUCGGGUAAUCGAAGAUUUCGGUCAGCAUGAACUACCACAGUUCGAUCAUCAGAGAAGUAUCGAGAUAGUCACGUUAAGAAUCUGCCCGUGUCUGUACAGUCCAAGUGGGGUUUUACCCAUCGAUCAAGGGUCCAUCGCAAAGACGGGGUAAGACUGGAAGCGUGGAGACGAAUCAUGGACCCGUUCACCACAGGCUUCGUGCUUCCGAUCGACUAGUACAUUCCGAUCCGAUGGAGUCCAGGCCGACGAUUCACUCGCAGUUCGGGUUCUACCCCGAUCACCCCGGACGGAGGACCAAAAAUAAAGUGUGAAGCGGGACCGGUCCCGCGGAGUCUAAACUUUUCAAGACGUCCUUACCCAAGAGUUGAGCACUGCCGGCGAACAAAGUUAACUUAAGAAACUCAGUUCUCCAGCCGAUCGAUCUGCCAGCCUGUCGACCGUUUGUAUUAACUGCCGAAAGCUCUUGCCGACGAAAUCUCGGCAGCGCCACGACAGCCAUAGCACGACAGCCAUAGCACGACAGCCAUAUGCGACCGGACUUUGGGUGUUUUGCUUGACUAGAUGGAUCAAAGCGCACGCCUUGGCAGCUGUGCCGCGUGCUUGCGGGGAUCCGAAGGUCAUUCUCAUCGGCAGAAUGUCGGCGCUCGAGUUGACGAGUCAGGUCUGUUCUUCAGACAGCUCCGGUCUGGUUUUCGGGAAAGACCGAUGUUGUCUUCACGGAAGGAUACGAGCUGUGGUGUGGGUGGCCGACGGCUGCGAACGAACACGCUAGUGAGUUGGCGUCCAAAUCCCAGACCAUCCUUUCGGACCAUACAGCUUCGGCCCCAGUGAUGACUGAGAUCCUGCGAUGAUCAUCGCUCUGGUCAUCGUGGAAUCAUAAGAUCGCUGGGAGAGUGGGGGUGCAUCCUCAUCUUCUUAUCCAGAAAUCCAAGAAAUGCGGAUUGGGCGAGGGCGCGACCGUAGUAUCACGUGAUCUCUUUUCGGAUAUAGACGGAUGAAGCGCGGAUGAAACGGACGCCUAACUUCAUAUCCACCGUACAAGCAAACCCCCACCGUGAUAGUACAGAAAGCCGGUGCGAGCGCUUUGGGACCCGAGUACCGACUCCUUUGUCGCUCGGAUAUGGCUGAUACCGUGAAGCCUCUCACCGCUGGUUGGCGCAUUCCAAAGGCCUGCCAAGAGUGUCGGAAGCGCAAAAUCCGUUGCAAUGGAUUGACCCCGUGCAAGACAUGUCAGCAACGAAAGACUCCCUGCGUCUACAGAGAUAUUAUCCGACAACGAAGGAAAAAGAACGAAUAUCCACCGGCUGACAUCGAGGGAAAGCGGCCCCGGCAAGCCUCUCUGCCAGUUACUCAGUCAUUUAAAUCCGGGGGUCCAUCAACGAUGCUUGAGUUCCCAAAUAGUGUAUCUGCAACUCAUAUGGCUUCGGCUUCAUGUCAGAUGCAGCUAUACUAUGGGCCAACCUCGCAUUUUUCACUCAUGCAACACAUCUACCGCGACCUCGCCUCUAAUCCAACUAUCUAUCCCGCACCUUCGGGCGAAGUUGAAGAGGCUGGCGCUGGCCUGGACUUGUUCAGCUUCCGGCGAAUCUUUUUUGGUACUCCCGAUACUCAUGACAUUGGCAAGUCUGCUGCCAUCGGCGACAUACCGAUGAUGUUCUUGCCGUAUGAGCUAGCAAAGCUCUUUCUCUCUCGAUUCUUGACUCAUCUUUAUCACAUGAUGCCCCAUCGACCCAAGUCCUAUUACGAACAAUGUCUGGAGAAGCUCUACAACCCAUCCCCUUCUAUCCACCCCGAUACUCUGACACAAGCCAUCGUCUUGAUCGGUUUAGCAACGGCUUCAUUAGGCACGGAACAUUAUGCAUGGGGUGACGUGCUUGUGGAUCGUGUCAAGGUGUCGUUGGUGCCAUAUGACGAUGUUGUGAACUUGCAGACCGUGCAAAUUGCAUUUCUUAUGGCCAAUUAUCAAAAUGAACAAGGUCGCCCCAAUUCAGCCUUCUUGCAUCUUGGGACAGCCGCCCGCAGGGCUCUUUCUGCGGGGUUGCACAAAGAUGUCCCGCAUGGGGACUCCCAAGACUGGGAGACCAUUGAAGAACGACGAAUCACAUUUUGGUCUCUCUAUGUUUUUGAAACGUGGUUCUGCUUUCACGUCGGUCGACCGAGCUCAUUGUCCAUAAAGGAUGUUGACAUUGAAUAUGCGAAAGAUCCAUUUAUACGACUCUUGGGUGAACUUUGCAAAACUGUUUCUCGAUCCAGUAAUGAGAUUUACGGUCAAAGCCACGAGUCAUUGUUACACAUGUGGCGGGUCGCCCGCUCGAUCAUUCAUGACCUUCGAGGCCACGAGUUGCAAAUGCAGCAGGCGCUAGGAUUUGGCCUCAAUGCUGGCAUUCAACCGGGAUCUCUCGGUGCUUGCCAAACGAUUUUUAUCACCUUGUACUAUCAUACUCUCCUUCUGGUCAUCCGCCCCUUUUUAAUUUUCCGUGGUCACUGGCAGCGGGACAUGAAAACGUCCCUUCAACAGCCCAAUGGGGGCUCUGCCAGUCGCUCGACCGAAAUACCAACCUGGUUGAAUGAAGCUUGCAAUCACGCCCUGACCGUAGCGAGGAAGACUAUCCAUCACUUGGGCGAAGCGUCCCGCAGUAAUGACUUUGUCAAGGAAUUACGUUACCACGGAUAUUUUCUAGGCAGCUCCGCAUUCACACUCAUAUACGACCUGCUUCACGACCCAAGCGCAGCAACAACUCACUUACCAUGGAUCUACGCUUCUCUCCAAACCCUAUCCAUAAUGCGAGCAGGUGAUCCAAUUCAAAGCAGCAUCUCAGCCAUCCAAACAACCUUGCGUAAAAUCAACCCUUCCUACGUGUGGACGCCCUGUCCAAAGGCCGAAGAAAGUUCCACACUGCCCUCGCAACAAGCAGCAUCGGUGUCUCAACCUCUCGGUAAUAUCGAUCAUCAGGCGUGGGUAACCCCAACUCCAUCGCUCCCUCAAAGACCUUCCUUCGACCAACCACCAGACCUAUCAGCACCACAAUGGAAUUUGCCAUUACUCGAGGGACCGGAGACGGGGGGAUCGGGAGGUUCAAAUGAAGAUCUUUUGGAUUUCACACAGUCCGACAUGGGUUGGAAUUUCGAUUUUUCGACUAUGGACUUGGAGGCAUUCUUCUCGACGUAUCAGGCUGCGGAUCCCGCGUUUCCCUAAAAGUGCUCAUCGUUCGUGAUACUACCAGGGUGGAGGGCGUUUUAUGCAUUUUAUCCAAUUUUAUUUAUAGAUUUUAUAUACCGACUUUGGAACUUUUAAUGAAUAUAAUGGCUCUUAGGGAAACAGAGAAUAACUAUGUAAUUAUUCUUUGAAACACAAUGUCAUGUUAUUGCCUCUUUCCCCUUUAUUAAACCCUGGAUACUAUUUCGACAGAUCGUCUAUUCAAAU